UUUUAUUAAAAAAAAAGUCUUCUUGUAGAUCAGAUCUCGACCGUCAUUUAUAUUAACUGCGACAUAAUAGAGAGAGAGCGAGAGAGAGAGAGAGAGAGAGAGAGAGAGCAAAGGGAGAAAAUGGAGGAAGCAAAGGGACCAGUGAAGCACGUUCUGCUAGCCAAGUUCAAAGAUGACGUAACCCCAGAGAAGAUCGAUGAACUUAUCAAAGGCUACGCGAAUCUCGUCAAUCUCAUCGAACCUAUGAAAGCUUUCCACUGGGGAAAAGAUGUGAGCAUAGAGAAUCUGCAUCAAGGUUUCACACACAUCUUUGAAUCCACUUUUGAUAGCAAAGAAGCUGUAGCUGAGUACGUUGCUCAUCCUAUUCACGUUGAGUUCGCCAACAUGUUCCUAGGCAGCUUGGAUAAAGUGCUGGUCAUAGACUACAAGCCUACCUCUGUUUAAAUUGAUCAUCUUGUGAUCUUUCUUUGCAAUAAAGUAUGUUCCCUUUUGAUGUAAUGGCCUGCGUUAUUUCUGUCAAUCUCUUUCUUUCUUUUUUGUUGUAUCAGACCAAGUGUGUAAACGAUCAUGAGGGUUUGCUUGUUUUCUUUUAUGAUUUUGAGUAACUUUUGUGGUCU